AACCCUCCAUGUGUCCCUGGACAAAGUGCAGCCCCUGUACCAGGCAGCCGACCUCCUCCAACUGGACUAUGUGAGAGACACCUGCAGCAGCUACAUGGCCAUGAACGUGGAGCGCUCCACCUGUGUGGACCUGUACAAGUUUGCUGAUGUCUUUUCUGUGGACAAUGUCCGAAAAGCCUGUCUGCAGGGGAUUGCCAGACACUUUACUGAGUUUUCCUUAAAUGAGGAGUUCUGCAGCCUGAGUGUUAAAAAGGUGACUGAGAUCAUCAGCCACGAUGAGCUGGAUGUUAAAGAGGAGACAACAGUGUGGGAGGCUGUGGUGAGAUGGGUGCAGCACAGCAGGGAGGACAGACUGCACCACCUACCCAGCAUCCUCCCUCACAUCCGCUUCAACAUGCUGACCCCGUACAACAUGAUGACCAUCUUGGAUCACCCCCUGGUCAGGGAGGAUCCUGGGAAGUCUGCCAUCAGGAACGUGGUAAAGGAGACUUCCAAAGUUAACAUGAAGAGGAGGAUCGGGAUGGACAUGUUGGAAAUGGCUCUGAUUUUCACUGAAAGCACAAACGAGAUGCUGUGGAUGAACCCAUUGGAAGGGAAGUACAUCAGGUGCCAAUACACCAUAUCUGCAGUCGCAGGAACAGUUACUAGUGAUAAUGACAUCUACGUUCUGUCUGAAGAGUCCAGCAAGAAGCAGGCCCUGUUUAAGUACAACCAUGUCAAGAACAAUUGGGAACGCAAGUCUUCAGUACGUACGAUAGACGCCCCAGUGGACCAAUCAUCACCGUCUAACUACCUCAUGGAAAUUGAUGGACACCUUUUUUACCUCGUUGUGCUUGACACUAAGAUGGUGUUGAAGAUCUACAACCAGAACACAAACAAGUGGCACAACUGUUCCACACCUCAGCAUGAUGGCUGGUUGAACUCCAGGGAGGCAGUGUCUUGCAAUCAGCACAUCUAUCUCUUCACACAGACAGAGAUACAUUGCUACGAUCCAAGAGAGGACCACUGGUGCAGAGGGUUAUAA